AUGAGUGGCUGGAGUAAUCCACAUAUUGUAGAUUGGUUUGGUGACUAUGCUAGAACAGCAUUCCAGCUUUUUGGCGACAGAGUAAAAUACUGGAUCACUAUGAAUGAGCCUUACCAAGUUUGUAAUCAGGGCUACGGUGACAUUGUAAAGGCACCAAUGCUUAAUAUCAAAGGCGUGGCGGAGUACAUUUGCGCCAAAAACUUGCUCUUAGCUCACGCGAGAGCUUAUCAUAUUUAUGACGAGGGGUUUAGAUCAACACAAGAAGGUGCUAUAUUUAUUUCAUUUAGCGCUCAGUGGUAUAAACCAGCAUCUGAAAAUGAUACUGAAGCUGCUAAUGAACACAACGAUUUUCAGUGGCAGUUUAUUGAUGCCCUCAUUGAAGAUAUCAGCUGCACAGGAGGCAACAAAUCUGCUAAGGCAUUUUUAUACAGAAACGAAUCUGUGUAUGGUUAUUAUGAAUCUCCGUCGUUUGGAGAUGAUUUAGAAGCCUUAACUUACCAGAAAAGCGAAUGGAUAAUUGACGAGUCUGAAUAUAUAAGGUAUAUACCUUGGGGCUUUCAUAAGCUUUUAACAAAAAUUAGGAGAGAUUACAAUAAUCCUCCGAUUAUUAUAACUGAAAACGGCUUUGGUACUCAUGGCGGACUGAAUGAUGACGAUCGCGUUACUUACUACAAAGGAUAA